AUGGAGCAAAUACCGAUCCUGAUCAUCGGCGCCGGCCCAGCAGGAGCAACGCUGGCUCUCCUGCUGGGACAACUAGGUAUCAAGACCAUCUUCGUAUCCCGACACCGCGGCGCCGCAAAUACACCACGAGCACACAUCUUCAACCAGCGGGCCAUGGAGGUAUUGAGAGACGCCGGGCUCGAGUCUCGCAUGAAAGGAGUAGCGAGUCCCUCUCGCCACAUGGAGCACACCUCCUGGUCCAACACUCUGUCCGGCGGGGAGUACGGUCGGAUGUUGUCGUGGGGCAACAAGCCAACAGAAAGGGGUCGCUAUGAUACUGCAAGCCCUUGCCAAAUGUUCGAUCUUCCGCAGAGCUAUAUGGAGCCAAUCUUGGUGGACGAAGCUGUAAAAGCGGGUGCGGAGGUACGGUUUGGUCAUGAAUUUGUCUCUCUGGAGCAGAACGCCGAGGGAGUGUCCGUUACAUUGAAGGACAGAAACGACGACCGACGCUAUCAGGUCAAUUGUCAGUAUCUUGUUGGCGCGGACGGAGCCCGUAGCCCUGUGAUAGAGGCCGUGAACAUACCUUGUACCGGAAGAACCAUCAACGACGCUUUCAACGUCCACAUUGAAGCCGACCCGUCCAAGUAUAUGGUCAAUCGGCCAGGUAGUCUCAACUGGGUGCUCAAUACAGACGCACCCGACUGGUCCGCAGCAGGGAACUUCCGAAUGGUUCGUCCUUGGACUGAGUGGGUUGUGUCGAUGCAUCCAUCCACCAAAGAUGGCAAGUCCUUCGAUCCCUCGCCGGAACAAAUCCUGCGCCGGUUGCACCAGAUGAUCGGGAACAACACAGUACCCAUCAAGAUUCUUUCCAGCUUUCGGUGGACUAUCAAUGACCUCGUUGCCAACACCUGGCAGAAGGAUCGUGUCCUUUGCAUUGGAGAUGCUGUGCACCGGCAUCCACCUAUCAACGGAUUGGGAAGCAACACCUGUAUAUCUGACGCUUUCAACCUGGCAUGGAAACUUGCCUAUGUGCUGAAGCGGUAUGCCGCACCAUCGUUGCUGGCCACAUUAACUACAGAGCGGAAGCCGGUAGGCGACGGCGUUGUGCGUCGAGCCAAUGAGGGAAUGGAGGCGCAUCGAAACCUUUGGGCCGUGCUAGGACUGACUGCGGAUGCUCGGCAACAAGCCAUGCUCAAGCUGGAGAGGAACGAUGUCGAAGGCACGAGGGCACGGAAAGAGCUUUCGAAAGCUUUCGAGAGUACAGACGAUGAGCUCCAAGCUCUCGGUAUCCAGAUGAAUCAGGUUUAUCUUGGGUCCUCAGCAACCGCGGUUAAUGAAGAUGAUCAGCCUCCUGACGAGACAGGCAUGAAUCGCCUCAAAGAAGUGAUCAUAUCGACGUAUCCAGGAUAUCAUCUGCCGCACGUCUGGGUUUGCGCAAGCGGACAGAGCCCGAGGGUUUCUAUCCUGGAUCUCUGCGGCCGCGGACAGUUUGCUCUGUUCACUGGCCGCGGUGGAGAACGUUGGAUCAAUGCAGCGACUCAGCUGAGUGGACAAGCCGGUAACCCUCCGAUUGUUGCGCAUAAGCGUGUGCGGACUGUCGAGGAAGAGGGUGUCGUCUUAGUUCGACCAGACCACUUUGUGGCUUGGAGAUACCCUACUUCGUCUGCUGAAGCCAAGACUUUGCUACAGCGAGCCUUGGACCAGGUGCUGGCCAAAGUGCCUCGGUAG